UCUAACAGCCGAGCGGUUCCAGGCCCUACGGAACCUCAGUGCCGUGUGCCAAUGCCUGGCUCCGUAUCAGUGUUCGUGUCUCAGAGGAGUCUGACGACACAACACGAGCGCGUAUCGCUGCGAGUGCAUCGUGGGGGAGAACAGCAGAAGUGCAGCUGCGAUCGUGUCGUAUCAACCCUCCUGGACCAGGCAACCCAGGAACACUUUCACAAGCUCGGUGGUCGGUGUCUCGGCGCAUCUCUGCCCCGGUCCGACUGCGACACGCGAGUCAUGCAGGAAUUGUUGCUUUGGAGCUCGAAGACGUCGCAACACUGAGAUCACUACCCCGACUGAACAAAGUCGCGCGCUGUCACAAGUUCGUGGAAGUAUGGAUGUUGACGUGCCACCACCACCGCCGAGUGACUUGCCUCCUCCACCUCCUCCGCCUAGCGAUCCGCUGCCACCUCCGCCACCACCGCCGCCCGUGUCUGAGAAAAGUGCCGGAGCUGCAGCUGCAAAUGGCGCAAGUGCAGUCGUCGCGCCUGUGAAGAUGCAGAAGAUCGCGAGCGCACAGCCGUUGAGUGUGGAAGAGUUGCUCGCUCGUAAGAAAGCCCAGGAUGCGGCCGCCGCGAAGCCAAAGUUCCUGUCGAAGAAGGAACGAGAGCGGUUAGCGAAAGAGAAAGAGGCUCGCGAAGCAGCUCUUUCAAAAUCAGCCAACGGGAGCUCCAAACAGGAUGCCUCUCGUGAAGUUGCGAAUGUGCCUACAGGACCUAGGGGCAAUGCGCCCAGAGGUCCAGCGUCGAUGCGAUCCAGUGUUGAUUUGGCCAACAAAGGCUACGAUAUUAAGCCGCCUCCGCCUCCUAAGGAUGUAGCGGUCUCGAAAGGCAAGGACAAAUCUGUUAACAAGGCAAUUGACGAGACCACGAAAGUCGCAGAACUGAACAAACAGCGAUACAUGGGAGCAGACACCAACACAUCGACCUUUUCGGCAUCGAAGAAGCGAAAGCGGACCACCGAGAAGAAAUUCAAUUUCGAAUGGAACGCGGAAGAAGAUACCUCUCCUGACUACAAUCCUAUCUACGCUACACGAACGGAAAACAACUUCUUCGGGCGUGGAAGAUUAGGUGGCUUCGCAGACGAUGCUACUGAUGCACAAGCUCGUGCAUACGCUCUGGCGAUCGCGGAGCGUGACCCAGAGGCAGGAAAGCAACGAGCCGCACAAAUACUGGAAAUGGAGCGCAGGAAGCGUGAAGAAGGAGGACGAAAUGGUAUCGAUAAGCACUGGAGCGAGAAGAAGCUCGAACACAUGCGUGAACGAGACUGGCGUAUCUUCAAGGAAGAUUUCAAUAUUUCUACUAAGGGAGGCUCUAUCCCAAAUCCUAUGAGGAGUUGGAGCGAGUCAGACUUACCGAAACGCCUUCUCGAUAUUGUGGACCAAGUUGGCUACAAGGACCCUUCACCUAUUCAGAGAGCGGCAAUACCCAUCGCCAUGCAAUCGAGAGAUCUUAUCGGUGUCGCUGUCACAGGUUCUGGCAAAACCGCAGCUUUCUUAUUGCCUUUGCUCACCUAUAUUUCGGAACUUCCAGCACUGGACGAAAUGACCAAGAAUGAUGGGCCCUAUGCUAUCAUUCUGGCUCCCACGCGUGAACUGGCACAACAAAUCGAGAUUGAGGCGAAGAAGUUCGCUACGCCUCUCGGGUUCACGUGUGUCUCUCUUGUCGGUGGGCACUCGAUCGAAGAGCAGAGCUACAACAUGCGCGACGGUGCCGAAAUUAUCAUUGCCACCCCUGGACGUUUGGUCGACUGCAUCGAGCGACGGGUCCUUGUGCUAUCGCAAUGCUGUUACAUCAUCAUGGAUGAAGCUGAUCGCAUGAUCGAUCUCGGAUUCGAAGAGCCAGUGAAUAAGAUUCUCGAUGCUCUGCCGGUCUCGAACGAAAAGCCAGAUACAGAAGAAGCAGAAGAUGCCUCUGCAAUGGCCAGACACGUCGGCCUAUCGAAAUACAGACAGACGAUGAUGUACACAGCAACAAUGCCCGCAGCCGUCGAACGAAUAGCACGCAAAUACCUCCGACGCCCAGCACAGGUAACCAUCGGCAACGUCGGCGAAGCUGUCGAUUCUGUCGAGCAACGAGUCGAAUUCGUCCAAGGCGAAGACAAGCGUAAGAAGCGCCUCGCCGACAUCCUCAACAGCAACGAAUUCGCUCCACCAAUCAUCGUCUUCGUCAACGUCAAACGCAACUGCGAUAACGUCGCCCGAGACAUCCAAAAAAUGGGCUACACCUGCGUCACCCUCCACGGCUCCAAAACCCAGGAUCAAAGAGAAGCAGCCCUCAAAUCCCUCCGCGACGGCCAAACAGAAAUCCUCGUCGCCACCGAUCUCGCAGGAAGAGGUAUCGACGUGCCCGACGUCUCUCUCGUUGUCAACUUCAACAUGGCGACCAAUAUCGAAAGUUAUACGCACAGAAUUGGUCGUACGGGACGAGCGGGCAAGACGGGUACGGCGAUUACGUUCUUGGGUGGAGAGGAUCAUGAUGUGUUGUAUGAUUUGAAACAAAUGAUAAGCAAGAGUUCGAUUUCGAGGUUGCCGGAUGAGUUGAGGAGGCAUGAGGCUGCGCAGAGUAAGGUUGAUCGGAAAGGGAAAGGAAAAGGGAAUGCGGAGGAGAGUAGUGGGUUUGGUGGGAAAGGUGGUUGGGGAAAGUAGAUGCCAGUACGAUGGUGUACAAUAUAGAAAUUUGGAUGAAUGAGAGAUGUCCGGCAGCCAAUUGUAGCUUUGAAGGUACUUUAGUAAAGACUUUGAAGACGGCUUCGCCAGACGUCGCAGUGGAUGCGUUCUGUCUGGGCGAUGUACAUGCAUCUGAAUGCUGACCAGUUUGCCAGUGCAAG